AUGGCUUCGAGAAAACCAUCUACCCGCCCUUCAGUGAGACACCCGAGCCACAACCAUCCAUUACGUGGUUACAAAUCCCAAGCUGAAGACGAGAUCAUAUGCUCUGGUUGCGACCUAGACCUAAUCGGUGCAGCUUUCAAGUGCACAAAGUCAGAGUGCGAUUACUUCUUGCACAAGUCAUGUCUCGAGCUUCCGCGUGAGCUCCGUCACAAGUCUCACCCGAAUCACCCUUUGACUCUUCUCUAUUCCCCACCGUAUGUUCAGUCUUCAUACACGUGUGACGCGUGCGGUGAGUACGGAUCCGGGUUCACUUACAACUGUUCUAUCUGCCAGUACGAUGUUCAUGUCGGAUGCGUGUCUAUGCCUGAGACCAUGAAGCAUGACGAGCAUGCGCACCCGCUCACUUUGAUCUACAGUUCUCCUUUACAAAAAGGUCGAAUCUUUGAAUGCGAUGUUUGUAAGGAAACGAUACCGGAUCAUCUGUGGUUGUACUAUUGCCAGAAAUGUGACUACGGUACACAUUUACAUUCAUGCGUCGCGGAAGAAGAGGAAGAGCCCAAGAGAGGAGGAAAAGGUGAAGGAAGUGGUGGAAAUAAUGUAAUGAGAGGAGGUAAGAGCUCGGAGAAUUCAGAGUUAGCUGCGAUGUUAAAGGCUCAAAGGGAGAUGGAGAGGAUGCAGAUUGCUCUAGAUUUGGAGAUGCAAAGAGCUAAGAUUGAUAAAAAGUCGAGAAAGCAUAUGCUCAAGAUGAUCUAA